UGUACCUCAAAUGGCUAUAGAAGUGUUCUGCAUGCAUGUUUGGUUCCAUUGGUUUCUACAAUAGAGCAAGGGCUUUUAUCUACUCGUUCGGCUCUGUGGUUGCCGUGUAGCCACGCGUAGUCUCCCCUUCUAGUCGCUUGGGAUUGCCUAUAGCACUACGAAGCUAUCCAAACCACGAAGGUAUUGACAAGAGGCUAACGGUUGCUGAAUAGGAACUAUUGUCAAUGCUCAAACCAUUUAUACUGUUGGAAUGUGUGGGUACGGUUGGGCUGGUCAGGUUUUCAGAAGGGCAAUUGUAUGUGUACCUUCAUGCAAUUCAUUUCAAUCACAAUGCAUUUUGUUGGCAUUAAAAAUACACCCCGUAGUCAAUUUACACUCAGGCCUACACCUCGUUUGGUUUAAACGGUAAGCAUCUGGUUGCAGAAACGUCCUUGCUGUUGCAACAAGAAGUUGGAUGUGAAGGAGGUUCAAUGUGUUGGGAACGGCACCCUUCGAGGCAUUGGCGGAACUUAAGGUGACUUUGGGAAGGCGUAUCCAACAUUGAUGGGAUUUACUGGUUGCACUGGUAAAGGUAGUGAACUUAAUAUGGAACAUCGCAUACUGUAACAACCCAGAGUUCUGACGACUGACAAAACACCAACGACAACAGUUUCCCAGGUGUUCAGACUUCAUUUGUAAGGAAGAAGAGCAGCGUCGUCUUAUACAAUGGCGUGCAGUAAUGUCAUUAGGAAUUUGUGUCGCCUUAAGACUUUGGACUUGAGCACAGAUGAAACUAAACUGAAGAAAUGUCUGUCAUGUCUUGAUCUGACGUUGAUGGGUGUCUCUGGUAUGGUUGGUGUUACUUUGUAUGUUUUAACUGGAGUUGUGGCAAAGGAAAUUGCUGGACCAUCCAUGGUUCUAUCUCUAGUUUUCGGUUGUUUAGCCGCCAUGUUGGCUGCGUUAUGUUAUGCUGAAUUGGGAAGUAUCUUCACUAAAACAGGCUCAGCAUAUUUAUUCACCUACUCCAUUAUUGGCGAGUUUCCAGCCUUCUUAGUUGGUUGGAGUAUACUACUGGAAUAUAUCUUGAGUACUGCAGUUGUUGCUAGCGGCUGGUCGGGAUAUUUAGAUUCCUUGACAAAUCAUAAAAUAUCUAACUUCACUGUUGAAGUUUUGAUGGGUGGAGAAACGUGGAACACAUCCUUUGUGACUGAAGUUCCUGAUAUAGUUGGUGGCUUCGUUACGCUACUAAUUUUACUUGUCGUUGGACUUGGCACUUACUUGAGUUCUUCUGUUAACAAUGUCUUACUAAUGAUUAACAUUGGCAUAGUUGCCUUUAUAAGCAUUGGUGGUUUCAUCUUUGCGGAUGGAAACAACUGGACGGAGAGGGGGUUUUUCCCGUUCGGAUUUGGCGGGACAUUGUCUGGUGCUGCUAUUGUAUUUAUUGGUUAUGUUGGUUUUGAUAUAAUUGCUGUCUCUGCAGAAGAAGCUAUUGAUAGUCACAAAAACGUACCACGAGCUAUCAUUGCAUCUCUUGUCAUUGUAGCAAUUAUAUACACCAUUGUAGCCGUGAGCUUAACCCUAGCUGUACCGUUCUACGAAAUCGACAUCAGUGCUGUACUAGCAACCCCAUUUGUUAAGCAUAACUUGAUAUGGGCCAAAUAUAUUGUCGAUAUUGGUGCAUUGUGUUCUAUGGGUGCUUGUUUAGUGCCGUCAGCCUAUGCAAUGCCAAGAAUAACGUACGCUAUGGGAGUUGAUGGUCUACUCUUUAAGUUUUUCACCACGGUCCACCCUACGACUCGGACCCCACUUGCAGGAACACUUUGCAUAGGGACAUUCACAACUUUUCUUGUGGUUUUCUUCGAUCUGUCCACCCUGUCCAAUGUGCUUUCCAUCGGGACACUAGUUGCGUUCAACAUGGUCGCAGUGUGCGUCAUGUUUCUACGAUACCAGAAAACUAGUCUCACUCGUCAUAUCCUUCAACAUAAUACUAUUACGUCAUCACAAGAUGGCGACGCGGAUGAUGAAGAUGAUGAGAAUACAACCCGUUUCCUUGACAACCACGACAACGAUCAACCCGUCACUGGAGGAGCGUUAAAACCCAGAUUUCAGUUCCUAACAACUAUGAAUAGCUACCCACCUUGCAUGGUUCCGAGUGUAUGUAUUGUGACUACUACAUGCCUUUUAGUACUCUUGGUGGCAAUUGGUGUUAUCUUCAUGGAUAAAAUCAAAGCAGGAGACUGGUGGGUUAUUCUACUUGUCAUAGUUCUCACCGUCUCAACUCUAUUGACAUUUAUCCCCAUCACUCUCCAUGAGCAAGUUAACAUUGGAUCGCCAUUUAAGACUCCGCUUGUACCGUUUAUUCCCGUGUUGAGUAUACUGAUCAACACCAUGUUCAUUAUGCAGCUAUCGACUGCAACUUGGAUUCGUUUCGCUAUAUGGAUUGCAAUUGGAACCGCGAUCUACUUGCUGUACGGUUAUCAUCACAGCGUGGAGAAUUUAGCAGUAAAAGAAUUAACAGUAUCUGAAGGUCAGUACACUGUCUUAAAUAACACCGUCACCGAUGAUGUCACAGAUUACGUCAUGAAACCAUCACUCGUAAUGCCGCAACCUCCCAGACGUAAGAAGGAAGGUUUCUCUAAAUGAACGGAGCUUUCAUCACUAUCUAAAGGCUAGGUGUAUCUUUGGGUUUUUUACGCCGUUUAUUUUUUACUAAUCCAAAUAUUAAAGGCAGUGGACACUAUUGGUAAUUACUCAAAAUAAUUAUUAGCAUAAAACCUUCCCCGGUGA